CUUAUGAAUUAUUCAUGAACACGUGCAGUCUCAUGAUGCUCCUGUUAAAAUGGAGGGCAUGCUCAUCUGCUUCAUCUAGCAGCUUUAAAGAUCUUGGUAUUAUUCCUUAUCUCUGUGAUAAGCUCUCUUCAUCAUUUAAUAUUAAAUCUCCAACUCAUAUCCAGAGUAAAUGUUUGGUGCCUGCAUUGAAUGGUAAUCAUGUAGUGGCUAAUGCAGAAACUGGAUCAGGAAAGACACUAUGCUUCUUGCUCCCAAUACUUCAGAGACUGAUACAUCUUUCUACCACUAAUGAGCAAGUCUCAUCACCAAUUGCUCUUGUGAUGGUCCCCACUGCUGAUCUAGCACAUCAGAUUAAUCACUAUUUUCAAGACCUUUCAAAAGAUUACGGGUUUCAUUCUAGUGUUGCUUAUUCCAAUCGUCCUCUUCUAAUGACAAACCCGACCCAUCUCGUAGUGACCACACCAACCUUUAUCUUCCAGUACGAUAUAAAAAAGAUUCUGAGGGGCCUUGAGUUUAUCUGUUAUGACGAGGCAGAUAUUUUGUUUUCUGGAGGACAUGAAAGUGCUUCGAGGGACAUUCUAGAAACUUUUGUUCCACAAUGUAAGAAUAAUUCAUUAAGAAAGGGAGGGACAGAGAGCAAAGAAAGAGUGCAAGUUAUCUUGACAGCUGCUACACUUCCAUCAAAGUCUCCGAAAAGUGUUGGGACUCUACUAAAGCGCUGGCUCCCACGGGAGACAGUAUAUGUGAGUACUGAUAACACUCACCAGGUUCUCUCCAAUAGCCAGUUUAAGUUUGAGUAUUUGGCAGAGAGUGAGGGAACUGACACGAAAUUCCAAACUCUAGUCAAUGAACUGAAGAGAGAUAAGUCUCAGAAAAUACUUGUUUUUUGUAAUACUUUAAGUAAUGUCGAAGAGCUAUACAACAAGCUAGAAGAAUUUACGUGCUCUCCUUCCCCCUCCUCUUCCCUUUGGUGGUCAAACAAGGUUGGACAGCUCCAUAAGCACAUUACUCCAAAGAAGAGAGUUUCAUUAAUUGAAAAUUUCAAGUCUGGUAAUAUCAAGGUUCUCAUUUCAACUGACCUUAGCUCCAGGGGACUUGAUAUACCUGAUAUCAGUUCAGUCAUUAUGUACGACUUUCCUACUGGCACUGUAGGGUUUUUACAUAGAGCCGGUCGAACAGCAAGAGCUGGGAAACCUGGAAAAGUUGUUGCUCUUGUUACUAGUAAAGAUGAAGAUUUAGCUACAGCAAUUGAAGACUCUAUCAAUAAGGAUUCCAUGCACUCCAACUUGAGUCAUCUCUUCAGUCGUAACAAGAUGCUUCGUAGGAAAUUCAAGAAAGAAGCAGCAAAGAAACUCAAUACAUUAUAAAUUAAUUUAUUUAUUAAUCUAUAUACUUACUGUAUCAAGAGUAUAAAAUUACUCUCUACUAUAUUGAUUAAUUGUUUUUCUUUUGUGUGAUGUACAUGUAUGUGUAGAAUUUAGAUAGAUGUCGUAGUAAUUACAGUAGUAGCCAAAAUGAAUUCUUGUGGCCAAUCAAGCUGCAGUGCAUGACAAACCAAUAGAUAAACUUUUUAAUCUAACAAAA